AUAUACGCACUCAUACAAAUAUAUAAAGUUAAACAAACAUAUUUUCAUAAAUUAAAGUACAUAAAAAUUAUUUUAAAAUAGUUUUUAUUAAUCAUUAUCCUCUUUUAGUUUUAAAUAAAUAAUUAUGUAUAUUUAAAAACAAAAAAAUUAAUCUCAUAUAUAUAUUUAUUUAUUUUACAUUGUAUUUUAUUUAUUUAUUUAACAUCAAAUAAAGUUAUUUAUUUAUUUUAUUUAUUUAUUUAUUUAUUUAUUUAUUUAUUUAUUUAAAAAAAAAAUAUUUUAAAAUUUUUUUUUUAUUUAACAUACCAAUUACAAAUUAAAAUUUAAAAUUACAAAAUUUUUUUAUCAUUAUUAUCAUUCCAAUUAAAAUAAUAAUAAUAAUACUAUAUACUAUAAAACUAAAAAAUGAAUCAAAAAGAAUCAUCAACAUCAACAUCAUCACAAUCAUCAACUGUGAUUUACCAAAAAAUAUUUAAAAAGAUCUAUGAAAGCAAAGUUGGUGUAAAUAAAACCUCAUGGGAAUACUUUACAUUAGGUCUCAGUGUUUACAAAUGGUUAACAGAUAAUGAUCCAGUAUACACCAGAACCCUUGUUGUAGAUGAAGUUUUAGAGGCCAUUUAUGAAAUUUUUGAUAUUAUUAUCUCUAUAUUAGAAAUGCUCAAAGCCAGUAGUUCAUUGCUUGCCCCAAUUGUUUAUUACUCUAAUUUAUUUGUUAAAAGAGCCGGUAUCAAACACAAUCAAUUAUUUAAUUUACUUUUAACUAGCACCAUUGUUACCUUAAAGUUUUGGUCAGAAUCCAUUCAAAUUAGAAAUAUAUUGUUAGCUGAAAUUUUCGAAUUCCCUGUUAAAGAUAUCAAUAUUAUGGAAAAACGUUUUUUAAGUGGUAUUGAUUAUAAUUUAAAUAUAACUCAAAUGGAAAUCAAUAACUUUUUAUCAAUAUAUAGCAGCUCAUACCAUAUGAAAUUCCAAAAAGUUAAAGAUCAACAAAAAUAUUUAACCCAAUAUAUAACAUCAAAUACUGCUUGUGAAUCUGCUCAUCAACCUUAAAAAUAUAUCUUUUUUUUUAUAUAUAAUACACCAUAUAAUAGACAUCAUAUAAUCAUAUAAUAUUUUUUUCAUAUAUAAUUAUAAAUCAAAAAUAAUUAUUUUUAUUAUUUAAUAUAAUAAUAGUAAUAAUUUUAAAAAAAAGUUCAAAAACUUUAAAGAAUUUUUAAAGUUUCCCAUAUAAUAAUCCAAUUAAUAAAACAUUGUAAAUUUAUGUACAUU